AUGGGAAGCGUCGAGGGUAUCAGUUGGCUCGAUAAGCUGGAGGAGCAGAUGAACGUUGAUGUUGACUCCAUGGACCCAAAAUUCGCGAAAAGUCUUCCAUUCAAGCCUCACAAUCAAACCAGCAACCAACUUCUAGUCAACGAACAAAUGUCUGUUCCCGAGAACAAGGAGAUGUUUCUCCAAGCAGUGAAGGAAUACAAGAACCAAGGCUGGUCGGCUGUGUUGGACAGAAUUAGCGUUCUCAUCUGCGCCAAGAACAUCGAAAACAUCCAGGGUCGCGUCCUUCUCCAGACAUCUCCAUUCCACGCAUAUGAUACAGACAAGGUGGUGGAACAUGCCAGAAACUAUGCCCGGGAGUUCGAGAAAGUUGGGAUCUCCAAGGAUCGAUUCUGCAUCAAGAUCCCUGCCACUGGACCAGCCAUGAACGCCGGUCCAAUUCUUCUCAAGGAGGGAAUCCGAACUUUGGGAACAUCGCUCUUCAGCUUGUCCCAAGCCAUAGCAGCGAGUCAAGCUGGAUGCCUGUACAUCAGUCCCUAUUACAACGAAGUCAGAGCCCAUGCUGAAGCCAGGCUGUGGCCCAAUGUGGAGGAUCCUGCUCUCGACCACACCAUGUCCGCACGAAUGGUGCAGAUGCUCGAGACAUACAAGCGUCUAUACAAAGAGACUGGGAAGGAGCAGCCAAUGGUGAAGUCUGCCAGUUUCAUUUCGCCCAAAGAAGCCAUGGCAGCUGGCGAGAUGGGCUGCCACCACGCUACCAUUUCUGCCGAUGUUCUGUCCCAAUUGGUAGUAUUGCCGUACGAUGGAAGCAAGCAACCUGGCGAAGGAGUUCCCAAAUCCGCACACCCAUACAAGAACGCCGGCCCAAUUCCCGCUCGUCUUUCAAAGCUCUUGACUAUGGAUCCACUGGCACCCAAAGGAUGGGAUGGAAACCUCGCAAGCACCGAUAUCGAUUACUUGGCAAAUAGUGGAGCCGAAUUGGAAAAAUCAAUCGAGGCAGAUCCGGCCACAAAGACUCGAUUGUUUGAGGCUUUGGAGCUAUUCAAAGGCGGCGAGCUGAGAAGCAAGGCUGCAAUUGAGGAGGCCAUGAAAGUCGUGUGA